AUGUCAAUUUCAAUUUACAUUGCGUUGAUAUCGUGUUCAAUUACAUUCGUACUAUACAAGCUAUAUGAGAGUAAAUCAAAUGAAUUGACUACAACAAAGUCCGAACUAAAUAAUCAAUUGAAAAAUCUUAAAAAAUCAUCAGAAGAGCAACAAUCAACAUUAAAAAAACAAUUUGAAUUGUCAAAGAACGAAUUGACACAACAUCAAUCUGAUAAUCAAAAGCAAAAUAAAGAAUUACAAGAAAAAUUCGAUGAAUUAAAUGAGAAUCAUCAAAAAUUAAAAGAUAUUGAGUCAAUAAAUAAACAAAAAAUUUCAAAAUUGAAUAAGCAAAUCGAACAAAUCACUCCACAAAUUGAACGUUUCAAAAAAGAUGUCGUAAGAUUAGAGACCAAGGAGGUUGAACUUGCCAAAAAUUAUAAAUUUAAUUUAAAUACAGAAAUUGAAAGAUUAGUUGUCGAAAAAGAUUCAAUUAUUGCUGAUUUACAACAAUCAUUAGCAGAUGUUAAAAAAGAAUAUUCAAAACAAAAACAAUCAACUAAUGAAUCAGAGAAUAAAAAAGACAAAAUCAUAAUAGAGUUAAGACAAAUAAACGAUGAUCAAGUACAACAAUAUGACGAUUUGGAAAUAGAUCAUAAAAAACAAAUAACAAGAAACAAUAAGAAUACUAAAAAAUACGAUGACUUAAAAGAUUCGUAUGAUAAUAUGCAUACUGACUUAAUAAAAGUCACAAAUGAUUUAGAUGAUUCAAAACAAGUUAUAAUUGAUGUUGAGAAAAUUUGUGAAAAUUUAAGAAUAUCUGAAAAUACUUUAAAUAAUGAAUUGAAUGAUAUGAAAAAUAAACAUGUUGCAGCAAUAAGUAAAAUUGAGAAAUUGGAAAAACAUUUAAAUAUUAAAAAGUCAAGCAUUAAACAUUUGGAAUUAAAUUUACUGUUUCAAGAAGGCUUUUACAAUCUGAUAAGAGAACUAGUGGAAAGUUUGAAGGAAGAGGAUAAUGACUUUCCAGAAAUCGCUUCCAUUGAUGCACAUAAGAAUUACGAGCUAAUGUCAUCAGAUGAUGAUGAUAAUAUUGAAAAUGAUCGCAGGGCUAGUAUAGGUGACAAAGAUGGUGAAGCAAAUCAAAAACAGUCUGAUUCACUAACUAAAUCUAAACAUUCAUCUUCAUCAGACCCUCUUUAUAAUGCAAUUAAAGAAUACAUAGAUAUUUUGAAAUCAAAAUUGGCAGAUGACAAAUUGGAUGAAAGUAAGAAGCAAAAAGAAAUUGAAGGUCUCAAAAAGCAAGUGGAGGAACUAACUUCAAAUCUUCAAUCUCAAUCAACAAAUGAACUUUCGAAAAAUUUGCCCGACAAUGCACCAAAGACUAAAGGCGAGACAUCAAUUGAAGCUAACAAGGAAGGAGAAUCCAGUAAAGAAGAUGAAAAUCAAGUCAAGUCGUUGAACGAGACCAAUAACAACUCAUCAAGUACUACUCAAAAUGAAUCAAAACUUGAGUCAGUUAAUAGCAUACCGUCUCAGUCAAUAGAUGAUGUUCAGGAGAAAGAUGAAAGUUCCGCAAAUGAUUCUAAAUUAAACAAUCAGUCUCAAGAUGAUUCAGCAAAAGAUAUCGAAGAAAAUGCAUCUACACCUGUCUUUAAAAGUAUCAAAGAAGAUAAUCCUCAAGAAAAGGCAGAAGCAAAAGAGGUAACCGAGCCAGGAGAUGAACUGAAAGAGAGCUCAAAAGAGGAUACAAAAGAAAAGUCUGAAGACAACUUGGAUGAUGAUUAUACACCAGAGGAAAGAAGAUCUACAUUACCAAAAAUUGAUGAAAUUUUACAAAAUCAAAUUCAAAAAGAGGAAAACCAAUCUGCUGAUCCUAUAGAUGAUGAUGACAAAUCUGUUGAUAAAGAUGAAGAAAAAAAUGAAAAGGAGAAUGAGGAACCAUCCAAUACUGAAGAAUAUACUGAAGCUGAAGCAAAUUCAACAUUACCAGAUAUUGAUAGGAAAUUGAAGGAGGCAUCAGAAAAAGAACAAAAGGAAGAUCAAAAUGAUAAAUCAAGCGAUGGUGAUAUUAAGGAAGAAGCUGAGUCAAUUUCUCCCAGUGAAAAGCAGGAGCAAGGUUUAAAUAAAAAUUACGAUCUAAAAGAAGCUGAGAAAGACGGUGAUUUCGAUAAAGAAAAAGCAAGUCCAGAAGAUGUUGAAGAAAAAUCAGAAGAUAAACCAAACGAUCCUGUGGAAGAUGAUAAAAAACUAGACAAAAGUAGUCCAACAAGAAGUAGUGGAGUUGAUCCAUUAGAUGUAGAUCCAAAAGUCAACGAAAAGAAAAUUAAUGAUGAAGCAGCCAACGACUCAGCCAAUGACUCAGCUAAUGACUCAGCUAAGGAUAAUGAUAAAGAGAAACCAGUUGAGAAACCAGAAUCAAAUGUUAAUGAUCAAAAUGAUCAAAAAAACAAAUUGGACGAUAUGUAUCGUAAAAUGUCAAUCACAAGAGAACAACAGAAAUCAAGAGAAUUUGACGGUACAAAAGAAGGAUUCAAAAAUGACCUUGAGGAUGUUGAUGAAUCUAAUGAGAAAGAUAGUGUAGAUAGUAAGGGGGAUUAUGUCAUAGUAGACAAAAAAGAAGCUCCAAGUCAGGAUGAAGAGUCAACGAAAGAAGUUUCAAGUCAGGAUGAAGAGUCAAUCCAAAAACAACCAAAUGAGGAAGAUGUUGCUAAAAAUGAAACUAAAACCAAUGUUGUAAAGGAUCCGAAAAGUGAUGAAAAAGAGAAGACUUCUGCAAAAACAAUGGGUGGCAUAGUAAAUGAACCAAAAAAAUUGGAUGAAGACGAUGACACCACUACAUCGGAUAACAAAGCUAAACCCACAUCAUCAUCAACUGAGAAAUCUUUAAACAAACCACCAAAAGAAGAUGAAGUUGCUAAAGAUGAGUCAAAGAUUAAUAAUAUAACUGAUUUAAAAAAUGAUGAUAAAGAAAAAACGUCAGCAGAAAUUAUGGGAGGUAUCGUUAAUGAACCAAAGAAGUUGGAUCAACAAGAUAAUGAAUUAAAAGAAGAUAAAGAAGGUAAAGAAGAUAAAAAAGAUAAAAAAGAAGAUAGAAAAGAAGAUGAUGACAAUUCAAAAAAACCUAAUGAAAUUAAUCAAGCAAACUUAGAUGAGUUUGAUAAAACAAAUGCAAAUAUUAUGGGAGGGUUAGGAACUAAACCAAAAGAAUCAACUGAAUCAAAAGAAACAACCGAAUCACAAAAGUCAACGGCAAAAGCAAUAGGUGGAUUUGUAACAGAACCAGAAAAGUCAGAGACAACUAAAAAAAAUGAAGAACUUGCUAAAUCCAAAAAUUUAAAUAUUGAAGAUUUAAUGAUAAGACCACAGUCAGGAUCACAAUAUGUUAAUAAUGAAAAUAAUGAUGAUGAUUUAAAUGAUAAUAAUUCCACUGAAUCAAAAGCUAUUGGUGGAAUAGUUACAGAAUCUAAAAAAUUUAGUAUUGGUAGUGAUCCAAAUUUAAAGAAACCAAGUAUUGAUUUAACUCCGAAGAUUAAAAAUGAAGAUGGAACUGAUAAAUUUGCUGGUGGGAUGAUAAGUAAUAAUGUUGAAAAAAGUAGAGAUGAAGUUCCUAAAGAUGAAAGUACGAAAUUAAAUGAAAACAUAUUUAAUACCGAGUCAACUAAGAAAGAUAAUGAACAAAUUGAUGGAAAGGGUCAAACAUCAGUCUCUACUACCGACAUAGCUGAAAAGGAAGCAAAAGAUGAUGUAAAAGAUGAAGCAAAUGAUGAAGCAAAUGAUGAAUCAAAAGAUGAAGCAAAUGAUGAAUCAAAAGAUGAAUCAAAAGAUGAAGCAAAUGAUGAAUCAAAAGAUGAAGCAAACAAUAAGUCAAAAGAUGAACCAAUAAACACUUUAAAAGAAAAUCCAGAUACUAGUUUGAAAGAUGAUGCAAAAGACAAUUUAAAAGAACAGGUAGAACAAGACAAUAAGAUAAAGGGAGACAAUACAAACGAAGGUAAUGACGAUAAAGACAAUGAAAAUCAACAGGAUAUAGAAGAAGAUGAUAAUGAUGAAGAUAUUGAAGAUGAUACCACAACAUCAACGACAACGAGUAAUAAUUCAUCACCAAAGAAGAAUAAAAAUAAAAAAAAGAAUAAGAAGAAAAGCAAAAGUAAAAAAUAA